AUGUCAUUGAUUCCUUUAGAAGAUGGGCAGAAUGAGGUUACUGAACUUGAUGGAGUUGGUCAAUGCGCAAUGUAUGAUAAUUGUGGAAAAAAGUCCAUGUUUGGUCAAGAGUUGCCAUGUCCCGAUCAAUCACCAGCUCGUAAUAUUACUUCUGACUUAAGAAAUCAACUUCAAUCGAUUUGUGGAUCCAGCUUCUCGGCUUUGAAAUCCGCUUGUUGUACAUCAGAUCAACUUACCAAUCUAGCUCAAUCACUACUUCAAGCUGAACCACUCAUCUCUUCUUGUCCCGCUUGCCGAAACAAUUUCCGUCAAUUCUAUUGUCAUUUCACUUGUUCGCCUCAACAAUCUAGUUUUGUCAACGUCACUAAAACUCAAACUGUCACUAACACAAAAACGGGAGAACCGAAUCAAGCUAUCAAAUCUGUUGACUUUUAUGUUGAUCCUCAAUUUGGUUUAGCCUUCUUUAACAGUUGUAAAGAUGUCAAAUUUGGAGCUACUAAUGGAUUCGUGCUUGAUCUCCUUGCUGGUGGCGCUUCAACUUGGAUCGAAUUCUUGAGAUACAUGGGCCAAGAGCGACCUGGACUUGGUAGCCCGUUUCAAAUCAACUUCCCUACUCCUGAUCAAUCGAAUAGAAUAUCUAAGAGCCUCAUCAUCCAAGACACUUCAAAGAAGCAGAAUAACAAGAGACACUCACCACCACCCUCUUCAACGUUCUACUCGACAUUCUUGAAUUCAAAUCAAUCAAUCAUUCCUCUCAAUCCGAAUCCACUUCAAUGUGACUCUCAAUCUCUCGAUGCUCGGUGUGCUUGUGCCGAUUGUCCAUCUGUCUGCACUUCUCUUCCACCACCACCAGCACCUUUUAUUCCUCCUUCCGGCUCCUCAUGUCGAAUAGGUCAGGACAUCAUCCGUACUCGAAAACACGCACUUGCUGCCCGUCAAAAUGGUGACGCUGAUAGUGGUUAUGAGACUCCCAGUGGCUACGAGCGUGUUAGCAUGCAUGACCCACUCGCACCCAAUCCUAGCUCUGGCGGUUCUCCCGAUAUAAGCGAUAGCGAAGGUUCUGAUGACCAGGCUCAUCAUACCUCUUCAUCCUCUCGCCCGGUCCUCAAUCCUCUGGUCGGUGCUUCUUCGAUGGCUGAUACCGCACAUCGAUUUCUUUCCCGAGGAUCACAACCACUAUCAUCUUCCAACACCAACAAUUCAUUUUUUUCGCCCCAUCGACUAGGAAGAGGCGCACCACUGCUGGUCUCAGAUACGGAUACACGGUUGAUGGCCACUCAUCAUCACCAACCGCGAUCAUACCCACUCAACGUACUCUUUUCUCGUCUGUUCUAUCAUUUUGGUUUCAAAUGUGCCUCUAAACCUUAUCUCACCAUCGCUAUCGGUCUCGUCGCAUGUGGUGCGCUCAAUGCUGGUUGGUCUCGAUUUGAAAUAGAAAAAGAACCGGCCAAACUUUGGGUUUCUGAAGGUAGUCGAUCUGCAAUCGAGAAGAAAGAUUUUGAGAGUAGGUUCGGACCAUUCUAUCGUACCGAACAAAUCUUCCUCAGCUCACUGGAUCAAGCGGAAGAGAGUGUUCUGAACUAUGAACGACUGAAAUGGAUAGCCCAAUUCGAGGCUGAUAUUCGUGCUCUAAAGUCGCCCAAUGGACUCAGUUUGACUUCAGUCUGUCUUGCACCCACCUCGACUGUUCAACCACCCAAGUCAGCUUCUGAAUGUGUAGUUGAAUCAAUCAUGGGAUACUACUCUAAUUCACUGAGAGGCGUCAAUGAGGACAAUUGGGCCAAGCGUCUUGAUGCGUGUGCUACAAGUCCAACUGAUUGUCUACCAGCAUUUGGACAGCCUUUGAACCCUCAACUGGUCCUCGGAGGUAUACCUCAUAACACCACCUCCGAUCGACGCGUGGAGGCUAGUCGAGCGAAGGCUGUAAUCAUUACAUAUGUCGUCAACAAUUAUCUCGAAUCGACCCAACUCGAACAAGCUAAACAAUGGGAAACAGUCUUAAAAGCCUACCUUGAUUCAAUUUCAAAUCAAGAUGCUCUUCACCCACGUGAUCGUUGGCCUGCUAGUGUGGGACUUAAGAUGGACUGGUCGACUGAGAUAUCACUCGAAGGUGAAAUCAAUCAAUCGACCAAUACUGAUAUCCCGAUUGUAGUAUUAAGUUAUGUAGCCAUGUUCUUGUAUGUGGCUAUCAACCUCGGUGGUUCAGCUUCCGCGAUCCUUUCAGCAUGCUUCCGAGCGUUAUCUUCACUGGUCAAAUUGGCGAUUCCUAAUGUUUUACGGUUCAGGUCAACAGAAGAUCGUCAUGGUCAUUUCCCAUCAAGGCCAUCACCAUCCUUGAAACGGCAGUUGUUGGUCGAAUCCAAGUUUAUGUUGGCACUCUGGAGCAUUUUGAUUGUGUUGGCAUCUGUCUCGACUUCUAUCGGAUUCUUUUCGAUGCUUGGUAUCAAAACUACAUUGAUCAUUGCAGAGGUCAUUCCUUUUCUCGUACUGGCAAUCGGAGUUGAUAACGUCUUUUUGCUCUCGAAUGAAUUGAGUCGCCAAAAUGCAAAGGCUUAUAAAGCUCUGGCUCGAAGUGGAAUUGGCGGCUUUGGUGAUGCAUCGGAAGCACGUAUUGAUGAGGAUGAUGAUAGUGAGGGUGAAAUAGAUGGUCUACCAAAGGUGGAGGUCAGAAUUGGGAAGGCAAUUAGCCGUGUCGGUCCCUCGGUUUUACUAAGUGCUUCUUGCGAGACGGUUGCCUUUGCGUUGGGUGCGAUUGUGGGGAUGCCAGCAGUCCGGAACUUUGCAAUCUAUGCUGCUGGAGCAGUGGCAAUCAAUACGAUUUUACAAAUGACCGUGUUUGUGAGUGUGAUGGCAAUUGAUAUGCAUCGCAUGGAGGCCAAUCGAGUCGAUUGUGUACCUUGCUUGAAGUUAGGCACCCACAUAUCUACGCACGAUAUGGCCAUUGCGUCGGGCGAGGGAGACUUGGCGUCCUUCAUCAGGACUAUCUAUGCCCCCUUCCUAGUGAAACGGCCGAUCAAGAUCUUUGUCAUCAGUCUUUUCUCCGGCUUAUUUGUGUUUUCGAUAAUAUGUGCAAGAAGAAUCGAACUGGGGUUGGAUCAACGAUUGGCACUCCCACCCAACUCUCAUCUGAUUGGAUACUUUGAUGCACUUGAUCAAUAUUUGGAAGUAGGAGCACCGGUCUAUUUCGUUGCCGAGGAUCUGAACGUCACUGCUCGUGAUGGACAACAAGCGUUAUGCGGACGUUUCUCGACCUGUCAAGAUGGAUCGUUGGCCAACGUCCUUGAGGCCGAACGAAAACGAUCCGGAUCAUCUUACAUUGCAUUGCCACCGGCAGUAUGGAUCGACGAUUUCUUUCAGUGGCUUAAUCCAGCUCUUGAAUCGUGUUGUCGAGUGAAACGAAAAGACCCCAAGACAUUCUGCUCUGAGCGUGACCGAGAGCGAGAUUGUGAAGCGUGUUUUGCCUCAAAGGAAGGAGGGUGGAAUGUCACAAUGAAAGGCUUCCCAGAGGGAGAAGAAUUUAUGUGGUAUCUCCAACAUUGGUUAAAAUCCCCAACUACGGAGUCGUGCCCCUUGGGAGGUCGAGCUGCAUACUAUGACGCACUCUCUAUAUCUUCUGGAUCAGUUGAAGCAUCAAACUUCCGGACAUCUCAUACGCCACUUAAGGCGCAAGCUGAUUACAUCAAUGCGAUGGUCUCUGCUCGUCGUAUUGCAGAGGAUUUGUCAUCUGAGAAUGGCGGAAGGGUUUAUCCAUACUCAAUAUUCUAUGUGUUCUUUGAACAAUAUCUCAACAUUCGAUCCACUUCUUUCAACGUGAUCUUCCUUGCGCUUGCUGCUGUUUUCGUUGUCUCAAGUACGCUAUUAGGUUCGCUUCGGGCUGGUGGUGUAAUGGCUCUGACGGUAGGUAUGAUGGUGAUGAACAUGUUGGGAGGCAUGGGAAUGUGGAACGUGAGCUUAAAUGCGAUCAGUUUGGUUAACUUGGUAAUUGGAGUAGGGAUCGGGGUUGAGUUCUGCUCACAUGUUGCUCGAGCCUUUGUUGGCGCCAAUGGUGGUGGCCUUCCUCAGUCUCAUCCUCAUGGUCAACGUGAUCGAGAUGAGCGAGUGUGCUUGGCGUUGAGUGAUGUGGGAGGAUCGGUCUUUGCGGGCAUCUUCUCAACCAAGAUCAUUGGAAUCAGUGUUCUGGGCUUAACUCGUUCUAAGCUCUUAGAGAUAUAUUAUUUCCGAAUGUGGCUGAUCUUAAUGAUCUCAGGUGUGAUUCAUUCACUCGUUUUUCUACCUAUUGCAUUAUCAUUUGUAGGUGGACAAGGUCAUGCAUUAGAUGAUGACUUAGAUUUAGCAGUCAUGGUUAAUGGAAGAUAUGAAGCUGAACAAAGAGCAUUAUUAGAAGAUGAUACAGAAGAUGAUGAUGAUUAUUAA